CACCGUUACAAUGAAAAUCGGUGAUUGCUUCCUCGUUGGAAAGUGACAACUUUCUUUCACUAAUUAGUACCCUAAAUCUAGGCUUAUUUCCCGUUGAAACGUGUGUUCAGGAUCGCACAGUCUCUUAAAAGUCCUUCUUGGGGUCUCCUUCCCCAGACUGGCUCACGCAGAUACGGGUGGGCUGAGCAAUGGAUGGAAGCGUUUGUGCUCUGAUUGGGUUCCUGCGCUAAUUAGGGGCCACAUCCAGCACCCAUGAAAACUGCCCCCGGCUGAAAGGAGGCUGAUGCCUGCAGGGAGGGGACAGUGGCACUUCCAAAAUGACCCCGGGAAUUCUCCUAUGACAGCAGACACGGCUGCAGCGGGGAGGAAAUGCUGGGAGUGCACAGGAGCGGGAAAGGUCCUUCCAAAGUGCCAAGUUCUGCUGGUUUUUUUUUAAAUUUCUGACUCGGUGUCAAAGGAGAAAAGGAAUACUUAAGAAGGUUCUUGAAAUUCUGGUUUUGGUCUCUUAGUAUGAGCGCAUCCUUGGAAGCACACGGAAACAAGAGGGAAGAGACUGAAAUAAAACGGCCGCGGCUGUUAUCCUCACGGGCCUCGUGACUUAGCCCUAACUCCUCAUUACAACCCUGCUCCGAGCUGCGAACUGCUCUCCAAGCCAAACCAAAGAUGCCAAAUAUAAAGACAAAUUGCUGCAAACUCUAAUUGCCCCGGGUGGGCGGGCGCAGGUGCUGUGCCUGGCCGAGUCCCCGCAUGUCCCCGCCACUCCCCUGCCACCUCCCCCAGCGACUGGGCCCGCUCGUGCCCUUCAGCCAAGGGCAGAAGUCCCCGUGACGCCGAGGCAGGGAGGCACGGGGCUAACGGGGGUCCCGGGCAGCGCAGGGCUUUGGCGCGAGGCGCAGUGGGCAGGAGCUGAGCCACGCAGCUGACGGGGAACAAAGUGGAAGGAGCCGGAGCCAGCUGCGUGAUGAGCUGCCGGGGUUGGGAGGAAGAUCAAGGUCUCAGGAGUGGGAGGAAGGCCAAAGUCAUUUGAGGAGCUUGGGAGGGAAAGUCUAUCCCCCGGGCGGGGGUGGAGCUGGGAAGGAAAGUUUAUCCAAAGGGCUUGCAGAGCUCUGGGUCUGGCUGGAGACCUCGGUGGACCCGAACUCUCUCCAGCCCUAAUCCGACGUGCGUGUUCCUGCGCAUCCCGGAGGAAGCGGGGCCGACCCGCCGCGCAGCGAGAACAAUCGGACAUUGUGCUGCUGCCUUAUCGCCACCGAGCCCAGGCCCGCCCUCAGACCCGAUUAAACUUUAGACCCCCGUUUGCACAGAACUUCCCAUAUGUCUCGCGCGCUCCCCGAUUGCCGCGGGCGUUGGGGGGGGGCCUGGGCUCCCCGGUACCCCUGUUGGCAGCCCGGCUCCCGGCCCGGGGUGAUGCUGGGAUGCUGCUUUCACUGGAACCGGGAGCAAACCCGGGAGCAGGGGGGUGGGGAGGUGAUGGUCCUCCCUGGGACACCCACAGCAGCCACCCAGAGGGCUGGGGGGUGCUGGGGGGUGCUGGGAGUACCAGUACCUCUGAGCGAUGGGCAGGGCUGGGGGCCCUGGGGGCCGCAGCUCACACACGAGAUCCUGAGGCACCUUCCACGUCCCACCUGGGCUGCGGGGGUCGCAGGGCACCGGGACAGGGUGAGGGGUGGGUGCCCAAAGCGGGGUGCUGAGCUGGCUCAGGGGCAUUCAGCCAGGAAACCAGGCAAAUGGUACAAAAUUAACCCGGUUUUCUUCCAUCUUGUCUGGUUCAAACCUUGCUUCUGCUUGGCUUCUUCCCACCACCCUCACCAGCGUUUCCCAGCCUGGAUCCUGACCCUGACUGGAACCACCCGUCCCAAAUGUUGCUGGGACCUGGGGCCUCGGGAGUAGCCCUGGAGCAGGAGGAGGAGGAGGAGGAAGAGGAGGAGGCAGCGGCGAUGCUCAGCGCUUACCCUUUUGGGCAGGAAAAGGUUGGAGGGAGCAGAGGUUGGUUACGCAUAAUUAAUUCUAACCUGUCGGCGGCCAAGCGCAAGUUUGCAGACUCCCUCAAUGAGUUUAAGUUCCUCUGCAUCGGCGAUGCUGAAACGGAUGAUGAGAUCUGCAUAGCCAAGUCUCUGCAGGAGUUCGCCACGGUGCUGCGGAACCUGGAGGAUGAGCGGAUGCGCAUGAUCGAGAACGCCAGCGAGGUGCUGAUCACGCCGCUGGAGAAGUUUCGCAAGGAGCAGAUCGGGGCUGCCAAGGAUGCCAAAAAGAAAUACGACAAGGAGACGGAGAAGUACUGUGGUGUCCUAGAAAAGCACUUAAACUUGUCUUCUAAGAAGAAAGAAUCUCAGCUUCAGGAGGCAGACAGCCAGGUGGACCUGGUUCGGCAGCAUUUCUACGAAGUCUCCCUCGAAUAUGUCUCCAAGGUGCAAGAGGUCCAGGAGAGGAAGAUGUUUGAGUUCGUGGAGCCUCUGCUGGCCUUUCUGCAGGGGCUUUUCACCUUCUACCACCACGGCUACGAGCUUGCAAAGGACUUCAGCGAUUUCAAGACAGAACUGACAAUCAGCAUCCAGAACACAAGAAAUCGUUUUGAAGGAACAAGGUCAGAGGUUGAGUCGUUGAUGAAGAAAAUGAAGGAGAACCCUCACGAGCACAAGAACAUCAGCCCUUACACGAUGGAGGGUUACCUCUACGUGCAGGAGAAACGUCACUUCGGGACUUCCUGGGUGAAGCAUUACUGCACGUACCAGAGGGAAUCGAAGCGGAUCACGAUGGUGCCGUUUGACCAGAAAUCUGGAGGAAAAGGGGGAGAAGACGAAGCUGUUACCCUCAAAUCUUGCACGCGGCGGAAAACCGACUCCAUCGAGAAGAGGUUUUGCUUUGAUGUGGAAGCUGUGGAUCGGCCCGGUGUGAUCACCAUGCAGGCACUUUCAGAAGAGGACCGAAGGCUGUGGAUGGAGGCGAUGGAUGGCCGGGAACCGGUUUACAACUCGAACAAGGACAACCAGAGCGAAGGCACUGCCCAGUUGGAUAAUAUCGGCUUCAGCAUUAUCAAGAAAUGCAUACACGCUGUCGAAACAAGAGGGAUCAAUGAACAAGGGCUCUACCGAAUUGUUGGAGUAAACUCUAGAGUUCAAAAGCUGUUGAGUAUAUUAAUGGAUCCCAAAACAGCCACAGAAACAGAAACAGAGAUCUGUGCGGAGUGGGAGAUAAAGACCAUUACUAGUGCACUGAAAACUUACCUGAGAAUGCUUCCGGGGCCGCUCAUGAUGUACCAGUUUCAAAGGAGCUUCAUCAAAGCAGCAAAACUGGAGAAUCAGGAGUCGAGGGUGUCCGAGAUCCACAGCCUCGUUCAUCGGCUCCCGGAGAAAAACAGGCAGAUGCUGCACUUGCUGAUGAACCACUUGGCAAAAGUUGCAAAUAAUCACAAGCAGAACCUGAUGACUGUUGCUAAUCUGGGUGUGGUAUUUGGGCCAACGCUGCUUCGACCUCAAGAGGAAACAGUCGCUGCCAUUAUGGACAUCAAGUUUCAGAACAUCGUGAUUGAAAUUUUAAUAGAAAACCAUGAGAAGAUAUUUAACACGGUGCCAGAGACUCCGCCAUCGAACUCGCAGCUGCUGUUAUCUCGCAAGAAGAGCACGGACUCGAAGCCUCCCUCCUGCAGCGAGAGACCGCUGACGCUCUUCCACACGGCGCAGCCCAACGAGAAGCAGGAGAACAGGAACAGCAUCAUCAACUCCAGCCUGGAAUCCGUCAUCUCUUCAAACGUAAACAGCUUCCUCAACUCCAACAGCGCUCCCCAGCCCAGCCUGAACUCAAGUGAUCUUGAACUAGAAGUAAUUAAACCCAACAGGCCAAAUUCACUCCCUCAGAAUCCAAGCCCAACGUCACCCCUCUCACCGUCCUGGCCCAUGUUCUCCGCGCCAUCAAGUCCUAUGCCCACCUCCUCUACGUCCAGCGACUCAUCCCCCAUCAGCUCGCCGCUGCGGAAGGCCCGAGCCCUGUACGCCUGCAAAGCAGAACACGACUCGGAGCUCUCCUUCACGGCGGGCACCGUGUUCGAUAACGUCCACCCAUCCCAGGAGCCCGGCUGGCUGGAGGGGACCCUCAACGGGAAGACAGGAUUGAUCCCCGAGAACUACGUCGAGUUCCUAUAACGGGGCGUGCGGAGCGUCGCCGCUGAGCUUUCCAUGGUAUCCAUGGCAGCCGCUGGCGGGGGGGUCCUGCAGACAGUUUUGCUCUUUGCCCCUGUGCGACGCGGGGCGAGGACUCCCCCGCACCCGCUGACUGCUCCUGUGGGCAACGGCCACCGUGUCUCCUCCCGCGGCCCGGCACCGUCCUGGGGAGAUGGCUCCGCUCCCCCAGCCCCGAGCCGAGGCAGGUGAUGCCCGACACAUCCACGUCCCAGCUGGGAGCCCUUGCAGCAAUCCACCCCCCCAAAAAAAAAAGAAAAAAAAGAAAAACCACCAAA